UUUUGUUCGCUGAAUUUGAGGAGCUAGGCGGGGAAAUCCCUAUUUUUCGAACUCUGACGAGACAGUUGGAAUUUCUAACUCAGCUCGAUACCACCAUAUUCUUUCAUCAAGAGCAAGCUGGUCGAUAUAAAAAUAUGGCUCACAAGCGGCCAAUGAGCGUACAUGUAGAUGAGUUAAAGUCCUUCAAUCUCUUCUCUGCAUUUGGUGCAGAUGGUAGGCUGAAAGUUCCUCGACCCACUGCACAGGACCUGGAGUCGGAUGAAGAAGAAGACUUGGAGGAUCUCAAAGCAAAACUGUCCGGACCAAGUAAAGGAAAAGGAAAGGCAAAGACUGCGCAAAAGAGGAAACAGAAGAAGAAGAAGUAUGAUGACAGCGAUGAAGAUGAGGAAGUGGUUGACCUCAUGGCAAGUCCACCUAGGAAGGCCUAUGAGAACCUGGUAAAUGGCGACUCUCCUUCCCCUCCCCCGCCCCCAGAGUUUGAUGAUCAGAUGGUUGCUGAGAUAAGAAGAAAGAACAGAGGUGCGGCUCAAACAAUACAUAACCUUGAGAGUAGGAUGAGGUCAUACCAGAUGUCCAAAGCCAUAGCAGCGAUGGAUAACGUAUCUCCAGUCAAGAACAGUCCAUCAGAGUUCAUUGACCUUAACGCAGCUAUCGCCAGGGAGACCAUCACCAUCAAAGUGAGAAGUCGAAAAGGCUUGUUGCGAUUUGAGGAUUAUCCGAUGAAUCAAACCUUUGAGAAGAUAUUCACCGAGCUGGGCGUGUCAGAGGGCGUGGAAGGAAGACGAGUGAGGAUAACCAGGAAAGGUGAUAACCUCUUGCAUGAGGACACACCCAGCUCUAUCAAUCUUCACAUAGCAGACAUACUGGAUUAUGUGAUAGUAGAUGGGGUAACACCUGCCAUAGUAUGGUACUCCACCACUCUUACCGAGGAGGAUUAUGUCAGGGUUACACUGAGAACCAGGGAGAAGAACUGCAAAACAAUCACUAAAAAAUUAGCUAAGAUGGAGACCUUCGAGACAGUGUUUCAAGCGUUUUCUGAACUUCACAACAAGCCCAUUCAUCAACUGCAUUUCUCCUUUGACGGUGAUGACGUCGCCCCCACCGCUACCCCUCAAGAUUUGGACAUGUCCGAAGAAAACGUCAUCGACGUCAUUAUCUUAUAGGAGAUGAAACCCAGCUGAUGGUGAAAACCAAAGAAACGUUUAUAAGCAAGCACUGGAUAAAGGUGUUUGAGAGAAGGAAGCAAUCCAUGCUUGCUGUUCUGAAAUGUUGAGUAGACCCAAUAGAACGUCUGGUGAUGUUGCUUCCUAACCGUGCUUCCUUCGUUAAUUCCUGGUGUAGUGGUACCCCUGCAGAACCCAAUCAGUUAAAGGUACUAUAGACCAGUUCUGGUCAUGCGAUUGCAUUGUGAAAGAAUGUUGUGGAGUCGAUCAUAAAAGGAUGAUCAUCUAGCAUAAGUAUUGGUGUGUACUGCAAGGUUCUGGAAUCAUCAAAAUGUUAAGAAAUUUGGCCCAGUCUUGGUAAAGUUAC